CGUCCUGUUAAACAUGGAUUGUCAGCAUUGUGAGCCAGGCUGUGUGUUUCAUACACACCAGCUGAACCCUCAGUGAUUUCCUACAAUGAUGACUAAAAGUCUUGGUGGAACAAUUAUGGAAGUUAAAAGCAACAAGCUAUCAAAUAAAAAUGGUUUAUAUUCUAUGGUUCAAGGCAUAGCUGCAGCUAAGGAACUCCACCAACGAUAUAAAGACAUACUUGAACCUCUAAGUCUCUUCACAUCCAGCACAGAACCCAUAAAACCGCCAGUGUUUCAGCUAAAGCGUCCAGUAACUCCAAUUGAUCAAAGUGUGCAGUCGGCCCCAGCCUCCCUUACCGAUCUCUGUCAAUUGAUUCAAAGGAGGAUUGCUGCAAAAUCAGAAGUUAUGUCUGUUUCUAUAGCAACCCAACAGGCACUGGGAGGAAUGAUUGUAGCAGAUGUAAAGCUGCUUUGGGAGGAGUUUGUGCACUGUGCUCAUGACAUUACUCUGACAAACGUGGAAAACAAAGAACUCAGCCGACGAAUUACUACACAUAUCAUCACAGUGUGUGAACAGUUAUUCCUUCACUAUCUUCAGAUGGUGGACAUAGUGAGACAGCGCUUUGUAUUCACCGAUGAGGCUAACCUUAGUAGGCUAAAGGCUCAGCUCACUCUUGACUGCACCAAGUAUUUGAAUAUACCAGCUAUAAAACGUCGGAUUUCAAGAGAAAUCAAAGCUUUACGUAAACCAACAGAUGAUGAUGAUGAUGAUGAAGCUUCUGAAAUGGAGUAUUUAGGAAGAUAUAAACAUAUGAUUAACAGAUCAAUGUCUUCUGAAGCCCACUUUUCAUUAAAGUAUCUCUUCAACCUCAGCCGACCCAAGAAAACAUCAAAACCACAAGAACAAACAAUAAAAAGAGAUCUUCAAGAGAUCAAUGAAAAUAUGCCAUCUCUAGACAAGACACAAGUUUAUAAUGUGUUACCUCAUAAGAUUGAAUCAGCUGUAGAUCAUAGACAAAUGAAGAUUGCCGCUGUGCGAACUGCUAAUCUUCCGAAAGAGCAAAAAGAACAAUAUUUGACAGAAGACUUGCAACCAGAGCACCAUGCGUCUCUAAAGAAUUUUCAAUCCAAUUCAAACCUGAGUGUGGGAAAAUCUUUUACAGAGGAACAAGAUAUUUUGUGCUAUACCAAAGGUUCCCAAACCACAUUCUUGCAGAAUUUCUCCAAAGCCGCAAAAGCCAAAAGAAAUGAUCAAAAAUAUUUGUCAAUUGCUGAUGAUCUCCAGAAGUUGUUGGAAAUUUCCACUGUAGAUGAGGGAGAUAGUGAUCCUGAAACAACUCUUCCUCCUCUGAUUCAAGCACUCACAUAUGAUAACACACAUGAAAUAAGAAAACAUAAGCAAGAGAAAAUACUGAUGGAACUUGAGGAAGAAGAGAAAAAAGAAAAACUAAAGAAGAGAAUUCAACAAAAGGAGACCGAGCAUGCACAGCCUGCCACUGUCAGUAUCAAGGUGUCCAAAAGGUUGAUGGCACGAACAGCGGAUGUUCGAAUAUCGGACAGAAUGUUUAUGGACCCAGUCUAUCUCCAGACAUACCCGACUGUAUACAAUCACAUUGAGGGAGAGAUUGACUCAGAAAUGGUAAAACAGUUGGACGAUAACUUGUCCCAUGGUGAUGAACUUCAAGAGAUCUACAAGGAGCUUUUGAAUGCGAUCCCAGAUGACUAUCUGUUAUUUGACCAGGAUCCUGUGGUAGCUUCUCCAGCAAUGGAUGUAGAUCUUUCCAAGUGUUUUGCAUCUCUCGCUUUGUCCAGGAAGAAAAGUGAACGUGCCAUUAAUCCUGAGCUGAAAUUAUUGAAGUCUAAGGAAGGGACUGAAAGAUACUUAAUAAUAAAGAAAGAAGCUGAAGAAUCUGCACUUGAAUCUGUGGAUCAGUCCAAAAAUGUUUUUCCAGUGCACGAUUAUUUAAACUACAUUUCUACACAGGGCACUGACUACUUAGGAGUUGCCUUUCAUUUAUAUGACAGUGAGGAUGAAGGAGAUGAGGCAAGAAAAAUACUUAUUGCUCGAGAAGCAGAGCUGAAACGGAAAGAUGAAAUGGAAAUUGCAGAAAUGCGCCUUGUAAAAGAGGAAUUUACCGCUGGAUCAUGGAAUAUUAACACUGUAAUGAUUGGAGGCCUGGGAAAAGAACCUCCAUCAGAAGUUGCCAAGGAAUAUGUAGAGAUUCAGAAGCAGCUUGGGAAAGUACCUAAUAUUGAAGAUCUAAACGAUAUCCAGAACAGACUGCAAUGUAUUUGGACCGCUCUGCGCAUCCCUGACUCGGAGCGUCUUGAUAUGGCCAUUAAAUACAGCUCACAUAAACAUAAAGCUCUUGUUUCAAAGGCUCUGGAGGCAUGGGAAACUGCUGUGAAACUGAUUAAAGAACGAGAGUACAUUUUGAGUAAACUUGAACAAUUUGAGAGAUUUGCAUCGAACCCUAACCGAUUCUUUGCAAAGGGUUACUGGGGCACUUCAAGCGCAAGAUUAAAGGAGUCCAAAGAGAGGGAUAAGUUUUAUUCUGAUAUGUCACAAAUUGAAAGUCAAUUGUCAACAAUUUUAAAGAAAAUCAAAAACAAUUUUGAGGAUGUAGUUACCUUCAAGGGCCGGCCAUAUAUAGAGAAAAUGCAGCGGGACAAAGUGGAGAUGCUGUACUGGCUGCAGCAGGAGCGGCGGAAAUGUAUUCUUCAGAGAGUCUCCGCCAACAGACCCAUUCCACCUAAAUAUCCUCCCCUUCAGUUCAGUUCCUGCUGCUUAGCAGAUUAG